AUGCGGGACCAGGUGCGUAUCGGGUUGCUGCGGAUGCACCGCAUGUUCCAGGAUCGCGUGGGUCGCUUGGAAAAACCAGAGGAUGCCGUGCCGGCGAAGCUGGUGAAUGUGCGUCCGGUCACGGGGGCGAUUCGGGAAUUCUUCGGCGGCGACAAAUUGUCGCAAUUCAUGGACCAGACGAAUCCGCUGGCGGAGUUGACUCACAAGCGCAGGUUGUCGGCCCUGGGUCGAGGCGGACUGACCCGGGAGCGGGCCGGAUUCGACGUGCGGGACGUUCACGCCUCGCACUAUGGCCGAAUUUGUCCGAUCGAGACGCCGGAGGGCGCGAACAUCGGACUGCUGAGCAGUCUGGCGGCGUACGCCCGCAUUGACCGGUUGGGCUUUAUCGAAACGCCCUACUGGCCAGUGGUGAAGAAGAUCAUGAGCGUGUCGGCGGCGCUGAUUCCGUUCCUGGAGCACGACGACGCCAACCGAGCGCUGAUGGGCUGUAACAUGCAGCGACAGGCCGUGCCGUUGCUGCAACCACAAGCUCCCAUAGACGAUCAGUUCACUUCGGUGCACAUCGAAAAGUACGAAGUGGAAAGCCGCUCCACCAAGUUGGGCGACGAAGAAAUCACCAGGGAUAUCCCCAACGUAGGCGAAAGCAACCUGCGUGACCUUGACGAGCGGGGUGUGAUUCGAAUCGGGGCCGACGUGGGCCCGGGCGAUAUUUUGGUGGGCAAGGUUACGCCCAAGGGUGAAACUGAAAUGACCGCCGAAGAGCGCCUGUUGCGGGCCAUAUUCGGCGAGAAAUCCAAGGACGUGCGGGAUACUUCGCUUCGUGUGCCCCACGGGCAGCGAGGCAAGGUUAUCAGCGUGAAAGCGCUGAGCCGCGAAAACAAGGACGACCUGCCCCCGGACGUGAAUGAGGCAAUCCGGGUGUGGGUGGCGCAGACACGCAAGAUCUCGGUUGGCGACAAGAUGGCAGGACGCCACGGCAACAAGGGCGUGGUGUCGCGGGUUCUGCCGGAAGAGGAUAUGCCGUUCCUCACCGACGGACGCCGGUUGACAUCAUACUGA